AAGAAGGAAACCGCAUUACGACCUUGGGACAAAACGGAUAAGUGUCGAGCAUGUGCCUACAUCACAGCCAAGCUUUGAGGGGCGUUCAGGGAUACGGGGUGCAGGAGGACAGGAGACCGUGAAGACGAAGAGAAUGAUGGGAUUUAGUCACAACGGAAUUUCGCAGCGGAUGCUUCACAAUCUCCCCAACAAUGCUAACAACUGUGAGAAUCUGUUGAAUCCGCAACUUAGGCGACGCAACAACUAUUUGGUGUCGUUGGAAAAAAAAUGAACAAUGAGUGAGUUAUCAUCUAUAGUGUAACGGUGAACAAUGGAAGAAACACAUGCAACAGUGUCCACGAUGGGACCCAAAAAACAUUCCGAAACAUGGAAUUUCAAGUAGUAGGACAAAACGACCGGAGUGGGACAAUUACGGGGGGAUGCGCGCAAAACCGACUGCGAUCAGUACGGCAGCGGCUCGGACAAGUGUUCAUGAGGCUCAAUAUUGGGCGACAGGUCACCGGUUCCCAUACCCUGGUGGGUACUGUCCAUAAGCCCCCUGCGCCUGCGCUUGAACCUGUGCCAUCGCCUGCGCUGCUUGAGCGGGACCUUGUGUCUGUGACUGCAUGUGGCCCAUGUGUGAGUUCGAGAAUACGGGGUUGGGCUGCCCGUGCGCCGAGUGGUGGGGGUAGUUGAAUGGAGGCGGGGGCAUGGCGUUUUGUUGUGGGUUGAGUGGGAAAGGAACAGUCGCGGGGACGACGUUGGCAAUGGC